AUGGUAUUGCUUAGGCUCCUGGUGCUUCUUUUUGCUCUGAUUGUCUAUGAUCUGCACAGCUUGCCCUGGUUUGUAAAUGUCUCUGAGCGCCAGGGCCCUGGCACCAUCAUUCAGUUUUUCUCCUUCAACUGCACUUCCUAUGUUCCUACGCUGGAGUUGCUCAGUGUGCAGCCAAACACCACGUUCUUCAACAAACCCAGCCUGGCUGGUCAGCAGGGGAUCUAUGUGGGAAAGGUGACCUUAAGUAGUUCAGCUCGGCUGAAUGCCCUUGCAGUAAACCACUAUGAGCUGCAGCUGCAGUACACAUGUGGCAACUCUGUGAUGAAAGGACCACUCUUUGUGGAUGUACAGCGAGAUCCUGGUCACAUCCAGUGUGAGAGCCGAUUUGCUAGCGCAGCUGGGGAAUUCAUUUACGUCCUGGAGACAGUCACACCUGGGGCCCGGCUGUACACUCUGCUGUUGCCAGGCCUAGAAGUCCAGGGAGCCCAGAUGAACAUUACCAGUGCCCAGGAUCCUCCAUACUUUCCUGGACCUUUCUCCAUCAAUGAGCAGGGUUGGCUGCAGGCACCAUUACAGGGUCUCAAAGGCCAGGCUCAAAAGGUCUUCCAACUGCAGAUCUCAGUGUUCUUUGGACAAGGCCAAAGCUGCCAAGGGAUGCUGACGGUGAAGGUUUUGCCUGCUUCCUCCAGCCAGGUCUCCUUCCUGCAGAAAGCCCAGAGUAUCACAAUCUUGGAGGAUCUGGUUCCUGGGAGCGAGGUGGUUCAAGUCCAAGCUAGGGGCUUCAACUUGCGUUAUGAAAUCAUCUCCCCAGUGCCCAGCCAACUCUACUCCAUUGGACGCGAGGACGGGAUGGUCCGGACUACAGCGCCUCUGGACUUGGUUCAAAACCCAGGGGCAGCGGUGACAAGGCUGCAGGUGAAGGCCUUUGAACGGUUCCAGCCUUGGGCAAGUGCGGAGCUCCAUCUCACAGUGAACGUGAGAUCUGUCAACCAGUGGCCCCCAAGCUGCCUUCCGGCGCUCCUGGCGACUCAAAUUCCCGAGACUGCACAUGUGGGCACCGUGCUGAGCACCCUCACUUGCGUUGACCCAGACUCUGCUGUCGCUGCUCUGGACUACGAGCUGCAGUUCCAGAGCUCUCCCAACCCUGCCAGUCUCCGCCUUCGGGACAGAGUCCUUGAGGUGAACACCACAUUGGACUGUGAUACUCCUGAGACCUGCUUCCAGCAUGUAGCCUCUAUCCUGGUGAUUGAUGGUGGUCAGCCCCGGAUGACCACUGAGGUGCCAGUGCUGGUGAUGGUGACACCUGUCAAUGAGUUCUCCCCAGCUUGUACUGCACGCACGUUUCGGAUUCGGGAGGAUGCAGGGCCCCACACUCUGCUGGGUUCUGUGGUGGGCACAGAUAUGGAUUACCCACGCAACAACAUUGAGUACUACACUUCUGGCAGGCCCUCCACCUUUGCUGUGGACCGUCACAGUGGGGAGGUUUACCUACUGGGGCCUUUGGACUAUGAGCAGAAGAGGUUGUACAAAAUCACUGUUCUUCUUAUUGAUCAUGGCCAAGAUUGGAAUCCUAUCCACCACCACUCAGGUUCCUGUACCAUUACCAUUGAGGUUGAGGAUGUGAAUGACCAUGCCCCCGAAUGUGAGCCCCCAUUUCAGGAACUUACAAUCUAUACUCCCCUGGGCCAUAGCAUAGAAGUGGCCAGGGUGUCAUGCCAGAUCCCUCAGGAGCCACAGCGCCUGGCCUUCUCCUACAGCAUUGUCGGAGGGAAUACCCAGAGCCGAUUCAGACUGCAAGGGGACAUCCUGGUGCACAAUGAUACUCUGUUGGGACCACCUUGGCCAGAACAACCCUGUACCUAUCAGCUAUUGAUCCGUGUGGCCGAUGCAGGCCCUUCCAUUCCCCACCUCAGUGCCACAACCACCAUCAUUGUGCAUCUAGUUCCCUGGAGGACCAGCACAGUGGCCACCAGCACUCACAGAACCACAAUGUCUUCAAUGAUGUCACCCCUGCUUCUGACAGACACAGAGUCUUUCUGGCAGCCGGAGCCCUGGUUUGUGGUGGUGCUGACAAUGACUGGUGUCCUUGUCCUCUUGACUCUGGGCUGGCUCCUCGGCAGAUUCCUCCAGGGGUUGGCCCAGGUGCUGCAGGCACCAAGCAAACCAGCCCAGGCUUUGCUGCUAAAUAGUAUCCAAGGAAAUGAAGGAUCCAUUGAGGGAUUUAUGGAGGUACCAAGUGUGGAAAUGUCCCAGGCACCUAGCAGUGUCAUGAGCCUGCAUUUUGAUGGCAGAGCACAAGAUGCCCGUACUGGCAGAGAUUACUUGUUCAAUACAAGCACAGGAGCCCGGCGCUGGAUCUGA